AACCAGGUGGCGUUGGACUCGCGUAGAGCAUUAAAUUCGCGUUUCGCGUUUACUUCGACUCAACCUGCGAAUCUGCCAAUGCGUAAGUCAGCGAAAUUCUUGCGUCGAAUGGGCUGGUGCGAAUGGUGCUUGGGGGAAAUUUGGCGCCGAAACUGAAGGUCACCAGCUAUGGACGGUGACGACUACGGGCUGUGCGAUGCGGCUUCGGCCGCGGAGAUCGCCUACCUAAAAGAGCUGCAGGAGGACCAGAAAGAGGAUGUCAUUGAGACGGCUGGCGGCAUGCUGGUCGACGGGCACGCAGCCUCCAUUCUGGACCAGGUCAUGUCGAAAAAGAAGACACUCAAACUAGUGGACAACUUCCUCAAACUGAGCGUCGACGACCUGAAGCAGUGUCAGCACCAGGGCCAACUCUGGUCGCUUAAUGUCAAUGACGCACUUUGUCUGCAACUGAGGCUCGUCUGGCUGCAGGGCGACGUCAUCGUUGACUUUCCCGAUUUUUUCGUUCUCAAAGACAUGACGGAGAACACCUGCAAGGUCCUCAAAACACAGGAAACCACUGUCAGCUCCAGUUGGCUCGCUGAAGGUGUCUACUGCUCGGUGAUGGGCCAGUUGAGAUCGGCCGGAGAAGACCCGCAGGUGGUGGCGCUCAAGCUGACAGACAUGACGAACAACAAUAAUGAAGUCAUCCGGAGUAUGUGGCCUUUGGAAAUCCACCAGCUGAAGAGCAUGCUCGCCAGCAAGGGCCAAAUCGAGUGCGACUCGUCGGAAAGCAGCUCCAGCAGCUGUUCCUGCACGAGCUCUUGCUCCUGCAGUGGUUCAGAAUCGUGAAAUGAUAUCAACAAAACGUGAUGCUUUGGUUUUACAAAAAUUCAAAUUUAAUUGUGGUUUACAUUGGGGAUUUUGCUUUAAGCGAGAGGACCAAUAGUUUGUGCUUUCUAUUUCUAUUCCAGAGUUUUAAAUAAUCAAUAAUUGUUGAAUUAAAAAGUAGCUGCUAGUGGCCACAGGGAGGCUCUUGGAUCUUGCUAUAUUUUAACAAUAAGUAUUUUUUGUCUCAGGGUAAUCAAUGAUUGCAUUUGAUGAAUGGCUUGCCAUUUUCACGGGUAACUGACUGAACAUUAAAGGUUGAACUGAAAUGUUACCACGCUAGCUCACAAGAACUAUUUUUAUGUCACGAUGGAACACUCGCUGCAAACACCAAUUUUUGCCCUGGACCUGGGAAUUGGAAUUGUUACUAUUGAAUUCUGCCUUCGAAACCGUCUUUUGUUUUGAACAAAAACCGAGUUUCAAAAGGUUUGAAAUUAAACUCAUUCAUUUUGAUGAAUUUGUUCCAAAGAGCAAAAUCCAGGAAAGAAAUUGAUUUUCAAGCAAAAAAUAGAUAAUUUUUCAGAACUCUAAUUUAAAAAAAUAAGCUAAGUUUUACAACUGAUUUUCGCAAUAAGACCUGGACAUACAAAAAAUUGGUGGAGAUUUGAUUUGUUAGCUAACUGACAUGACAAGAUUUGUUUGUGGUAUCAAAAAUCUCAAAGAGGUGUAGCCCGCCACACUAAAUAAAAGUGCAAUCUUGUGAGAAUGA